CUUGGCAAGCAGCGACGAAGCAAUUGAAGCUACCCUGAGCGACGGCAAAACAAGAAGUACGCAAAGGCGUGUGUGUUGUUCAACGUGCGUUGGCGUUGACGUCGCAGCUGGCGCUGGCAGCGGCAGCGACAGCGCCGUUGACGUUGACGUGACGCUUUUGCUCGCGUGCAGCGCGCGCUUUGGUUUCAGUUCGUUUUCGUACGUUGUGCACGCCGAACGCAAACGGUCAGCGCCCACACACAACCAGAACAACAAGACACAGGCGACAGACAACGACGACGUCCACGUCCAGUUAAACGCACACAUUCACAUUCACAUUCGCAUUCGCGUACCACAGCCAUCUAAGCAAAGCUCUCUGCUGCUCUGGCGUUGUUGUUCUUGUGUGUGUUGUCGCGACUUGUGUUAUCCCAAAGAAAAGAACAGUUAAGUUUCCCAUACACACGCACGCACGAGCUAACUACUUUUCGAGCUCGAAUCGAAUUGGAUUGUAUUGGAUUGGAAACAUUUUGAACAUCUUCGCGCAUUCAGUGUGUGCUUAUUAUAUUUUUUUGUCGUUUUUUUGUCGCCGCACAUGUCGUGUGUGUGAAAGUGUGUGUGCUUGCGCGCGUGCAUGUGUGUAUGCUGUCAUAUUUUUUUUGGUGUUUGUCGAUGCGAGUGAGUUAUGUUAACCGUUAACCGUAAGCCGUUAGCUGAACAAGUGCAAUAAACCGUAAACAGAGCAAAACUUUUUACCGACGGCAAAAUGCAAGCGACCAAAUUGCGAACCCCCUUUGCCAUACAGGAGAUCCUCGGCCUGGGCGUCGGUGUCGGUGUCGGCGUCGGUGCCUACCAGCAGCAACAGCAGCAACAACAACAGCAGCAGCAACAACAGCAGCAACAGCAACAACAGCAGCAGCACCAACCACAACAAUCAUCGCAGGCAGCUGCCGCUGCCACGCCCAGCGCCAUUGAGGCGCCCCUCUCGCCAGCCGCCACGCCCCCACCGCGGAACGCCAACACGCCGCAACAGUCAGCCGUGAGCAGCGGCCAACCGCUGGAGCAGCCCUCGCGAGAUUCGCGAUCCAUUUCGCCAGAUGUGACGCGUUUAUCAGCGGCCGCUGCAGCUGCCGCCGCCGCCGCUGCCGCCCACUGCCAACUGCCCGUAUUCAAUCCGGCGAAUUUCUAUGCAGCCGCCGGCUAUGCCGCUGCCGCCGAUCCGGCUAAUGCAGCUGCCGCCCAUCACCAUCACAUGACGACGUUGGCAGCGGCCGCCUAUCUGCGCGGCUUCCUGCCGCCCGGCUUCAGCACGCAUCACGAAUUUCGCGGACACUUUCAGCAGCAUUUCGGCGCCCAGUUUGCAGAACAAGCGGCCGCACGUGGUCAGGAGUAUGCCAACAGCUUGGCCAAUGCCAGCGGCGAUGAGCAGUCGCCUAGUAAAUCGAAUGCUGCUGCUGUUGCUGCCGUCGAGCUGUCCGCGGGUCACAGCAAUGGCCAGGCGAAUGGCAAUAGCAGCGCUAGCAGCAGCAACAACAACAACAAUAGCAGCAGCAGCAGCAACAACAACAACAACAGCAAUGCUGCCAUAGCUAGCUCCGCUUCGAGCGCCACAUCCUCCUCCACCACAUCGAAUGCGCUGCAGCAGCAGCAGCAGCAGCAACAGCAGCAGCAGCAACAGCAGCAGCAGCAGCAGCCGCAUCAUCAUGCCGCUUUGGCCGCCCAUCAGCAUGCGGCAGCGGCUGCAGCAGCGGCACACCAUCAUGCCGCUGCCGCAGCGGCCGCUCAUCAUGCGCAUCACGCUCAUGCGGCGCAUCAUGUGCACGCCCACGCCCACGUACAUGGGCAUGGCCAUGGCCACGGUCAUGUGCAUCACGGGCAUGAGGCAGCCUUCCUGGGCGCCGCAGCUGGCGCGGCGGCCAAUCCGAAUGGCCUGCUCGCUGGCCAUGGCGGCGGCGACGUGCUCGUCGGCCCCGGCGGCAGCGGACCCGGCGGCAAGAAGAAGAACAAGCGACGACACGGACGCACCAUAUUCACCAGCAGCCAGCUGGAGGAGCUGGAGAAGGCCUUCAAGGAGGCCCACUAUCCGGAUGUCAGUGCACGGGAGCUGCUGUCCAUGAAAACGGGACUGGCCGAGGAUCGUAUACAGGUGUGGUACCAGAACCGUCGGGCCAAGUGGCGCAAGACCGAGAAGUGCUGGGGCCACAGCACAAAGAUGGCCGAGUAUGGGCUGUACGGGGCGAUGGUGAGGCACUCGCUGCCGCUGCCGGAGACAAUCAUCAAGUCGGCCAAGGAGGACGAGUCCGUGGCGCCCUGGCUGCUGGGCAUGCACAAGAAGUCGCUGGAGGCCGCCGAGCUGCUGAAGAGCGACGAGAGCGACAGGGAGACGCCCACCUCGGAUGAUACGAACACCUCCUACUCGGCGGGCAGCACCCACAACUCGCCCAUCUCCAGCUUCUCGAUAUCGCGUCUGCUGUUCGAUGCGCCGCCGCCGCCGUCAGCGGGCGGCAACAAGCAGUCGAAGCACGCCCAUGCCCACGCCCAUGCGGCCGCUGCCCAUGCGCACGCCCAUGCCCACGCACACGCCCACAUCGCAGCGGCGAACGCGGCUGCAGCGGCCGCCGCCGCGGCCCACCAGCACCACGGCGAUGCGGCAGCCGCUGCCGCCGCCGCAGCAGCAAUGCACGCGGGCAUGCACCAUCACCAUCAUCACCAUGGGCAGGCGGCAGCGGCCGCCGCAGCAGCCACUGGGCAGCAGCACCACCCAUACAACCAGCAGCAGCAUCUGCACCAUCUGCAGCAGCUGCAGCAGCAGCAGCAGCAACAGCAGCAGCAACAGCAGCAGCAGCAACAGCAGCAACAGCAGCAGCAGCUGGCUGAGCAGCAGCAGCAGCAGCAGCAGGCGGCGGUGGUGCAGCAUGCGAUGCAUAUGCACCACCAUGGCACCGCUGGCUAUGCCGAGGCGGCUGUGGCGGCGGCUGCUGCUGCGGCCGUUGCUGCUGCCGCGAACGCUCGCAAUGCGGCGGCCGCUGCUGCUGUUGCUGCCGUUGCUGUGGCCGAGUCGGAGCCGGACGAGGAGAUCGACGAGGACGAGGACAUGGAGAAGGACUGCGACGCGGAUGUCGAUGCGGAUGUGGAUGCGGAGGCUGACAACGAUGCGGAUGUCGAUGGGGAUGCGGACGCCGAUGGCGAAAUCGACAUCUGCGACGACGAGGACGAGGCGCAGACGCUGGCGCAUCAGCAGCUGCUGCUCAAGGUCAAGCAGGAGCACCUGAGCGGCGGUGGCGGCGGCGGCGGCGCGGUGGGCGGGGCAGGUGGCAUCGAGGGCGGCAGCAGAUGAAAUAUGUACAUCGAUGUCUUGUUCUAAAGCGAGAAACGGCGAGAGAGAAAGCGAAAAAGGGAGAAGGAGAAGGAGAGGGAGAGCGAGAGCGAGAAAUAUUUAUUGAGCAGCAGGAGGAGGAGCAGGAGCAGACGGCAAUGUUAAUUUUCUAAGCAUAAAUCUAAAUAAUUUAAUUAAAU